CUGUCCCGGGUUUCUGCGUUUAGGCCGGGCUAACACCUCCGAGCUGGCGCCUUGCAGAGAACAGAUGAACUCCACGUCAGGAGGCGUAGGUUUCACUUGGCGCUAAAUCUCCACCCUCUGCGCGUCUUUACUCCCGCGCCUCAGCUCCUCUCAGCUCAGCUGCUCACCUGUGGAGGCCACGCGGCAGAUAUAUCCGUGGAAAUAUGCUGAGAUGGUCCUGGGAGUGAAGAAAAGGUGAGCUUUUAGUUUUGCCGGUAAAAAUGGGGGCGUGGCUGGCGCGCUGACAGCUGAAGGGGCGGAGCUUCACAGGCAGGAAGUGCUCGGGCACCGCGUGGCCUGUGUGCCAGAUGUAAACAAAGGCAGAAGUGCUGCGGAGAGACGCCAAAAAAACGCAAACCGUGCAGAGUAACCUGCAGAAGAAACAAGUUGACCUUUGGUCAGUCACAUGACCUAACUCCUGAGAAAGACACAGCACACGUUUCGUUCUGUGGUGUGUGGCAGAAACGGGAGGAUGAAGUUUCUGGAGCUGUUUGGACGUCUAAAAUCUGUCGUUAUAGGAAUGAUUCACGUUAAAGCGUUACCAGGUAGCCCCCUAGGCUGUUUGAAAAUGUCUGAAAUCAGUGAGGCGGCGUGCCGGGAGGCAGCGAUCUACAGAGAUGCGGGGGUUGAUGGAGUGAUCGUUGAAAACAUGCACGACGUGCCUUACUCUCUGAGCGUGGGCCCUGAGGUGUGCGCCUGCAUGACCGCAGUCUGCACCGCCGUGAGGAGCGUCUGUCCCUCCCUGCCGGUCGGAGUGCAGAUACUGACUGCAGCCAACCAGCAGGCUCUGGCUGUGGCUCUGGCCUCAGGUCUGGAUUUCAUCAGGGCCGAAGGUUUCGUCUUUUCUCACGUGGCGGACGAAGGCCUCCUGAACGCCUGCGCCGGGGACUUGCUGAGGUACCGCAAACAGAUUGGAGCUGAGCAUGUGCAGAUCUUCACCGACAUCAAGAAGAAGCACAGCUCUCACGCCCUGACGUCAGACGUGAGCGUUGCAGAGACGGCGCGUGCCGCUGAGUUCUUCCUCUCAGACGGCGUCAUCAUCACAGGAGCAGCUACAGGACUGCAGGCCGACCCAGAGGAGCUGCGAGGUCAGGAGACCCCCGUUAGAGCCUGGCUGCAGAACGUCUCAGUGCUGAACUCAGCAGGCAAAGUUCACGACACCAAACGAGUGGGUCCCCCUUUCUCACAUCUCUGAUCGCACACCCUCAGCUCCCCAACCCCCCUUACUCCCUCCCACCGAAGACACGAGCAGAGACGGCGACAGGCACCAAAGUAAGACGUCCUUCCUCUGUGGCCUCAUUCUAAAGUGAUCUCAGUUAAAUAUGAUGAUUGAUACGCAUAAUAAACUGCUGCUGUAUUUUACAGUCUCUGGAUCAGGUGACCUUGAACCGCUCCUUAUCCCGUUUCUCAUCUCUUGUUAAAGAAAAAUGGAAAAAGGUUUU